UUUAGGAUGUAAAACUAUCUUGUCAUAAACACGAGUUUUACGGUGUAAAUAGGCAUGAAAACUGUUGACAUCACUCAAAGGGGAAAACGUUACAAUGGCCAAAGUUAAAACUACACUGGGUUUUAUCACAACUCUGGCUAUUUGUCAUGUGACGUUUUCACAAAUUCUGCUAAUACAACGGUUCUACCUUCAAGUAACAUGCUCUGGAAACGGCUUUAAUGCCAAGGCAGAAAAAAUGUGUAUAAACUACGAUUCAAGAAGAGAAUGUUUUCCAUCAGAAUCCGAUGGCGAUGACAGUUCCGGUGAUGAAGAUGAAGAUCUUUUAGAACAGUUGGUUCAGACGAUGACUCGGGAAUAUUGCCAAGGAAAAGAAAAUACCACAAUCCCAAAAUUGAAUAUCACUCGCACUUUUAUAAAAGGUGAUAUACCUGCUCCAAUUGAAGAUGAUGCAUCCACAGGAACAGUCUCAAAGAUAUCAUCUCUUGACGAAGAUGACCAAGAAAAGACAAUACAGUCCUUGAAAGUGGGAGUAGCUCUCGGUACCAUAUUCGGGUUCCUCUUCGGCGUUUUUGUAACAGGUCUAGGGGCGGUAUUGAUGAAGUAUAAACAAAGAAUUUCAUCACAAAAGAUCAAACUGAUGGAAACUGCAUCAGAUAAUGUACAACCCGAUGAGAAAAAUCACAACGCUGGCACUUACGAGUACUGUGACGUAGAAGACGGAAAUUAUCAAUUACCCAGAGAAGGCACGUGCAUGGAGAGCAACAACUCAAGCGUGUCUCAUAAUUAUGACUGUAAUCACACAUACAACCAUUUGAAUGAGAACAAUGAAAUCAACCUCAACGCAAAAUAUUACGAUCAUUUCCGAGGGGCAAGCGGGGACGAGCAGCCGACAAAUGGCGAACAACCGACAAAUGGCGAAUACAAGGUGUUAGAGUCACGGCGAGGGGCAAGCGGGGACGAGCAGCCGACAAGUGGCGAACAGCCGACAAAUGGCGAAUACAAGGUGUUAGAGUCACGGCGAGGGACAAGAAGGGAUGAACAGCCGACAGAUGGCGAAUACAAGGUGUUAGAGUCACGGCGAGGGGCAAGCGGGGACGAACAGCCGACAAAUGGCGAAUACAGGGUGUUAGAGUUGCAGCAUCCUCAAGUGAAUUCUUCCGGAGAACCGGGCAAGUUGCCAUCAAAGAAUAAGUCUCACGAGAAUGAAAGCAAUUAUUUCCAAACAGAGACUGAAAGUAUCCAAAAUCCAAAGAAGGAUGCGUAUUUUGUUUUGGAGAAAAAUCUCCCAUAAACGGCUUGGAAUUCUACCCACAAACAACAACUUUGUAACAUAUACUUUGAUUGUAUCUUUGAUGUACAUACAUUGUAUGUAAAAUAUUCAUCAAAUUGAUUCGUUUGUUUGUAUGUCCCAUUCGGGAAUUUUUCACUCAUUUAAAGAUUCCACGUGUCACUUAUUUAUGCGUGGCGCCCAAGCUUACAGCAGUGAGGAAUUUUAUCAUGUCAAUAUUUACCGUUUUAUGAUCAAUUGGGGCGGCUGCAGUUCAUACUUGAGUUAGUAGGGUAAACAUUUCGGAGUUCUUUCUUAGUCCAACCAAUCGCAUCCAUCGUUUAAAAACCGACACCUGACACCUACGCAGUUUCAAUACAAGACCGAAACAUUGCUACCACACUAACCCUCAUAGAAGGCAGGGUUAGUUGAGUAGAGUUCAAAUGUCACAAUACGUCAUAUAAGAGUUGAAACUCUCCGUUCGGUUGCAACUCGGGUUGCCCGAGUUCGUACUCGGAUAUGAGCAGAAGUUGCCCUAGGAGAAUGCUUUGUUGUGAUACAGUGACCCUUCCUUCACAAAAACCUUCAGAAAUUGAUAAAAACGCUCGUGCGGAUCCAUUCGUGAAUAGUUUCAAAGACAACAAUAAUUCAACUUCGGUAUCGGUGAUGUUCAACCGAGAAGUAGAGUAGUAGCCUAGGAUGUGAUUGGAUAAGUUAUACUGUUAAAACAAAAGUAUCAUUCAAUCUAUCUUAUAACAAAACAUAAAUUAAAAUCAUUACAUAAGACUAAUAAUAAUACAUCUUAUAAUAAUAAUAAAUUUAUUUUGUAAAGGGUAAAAUCCAUAUUGUUUUAAACGCUAUUUGAAUAACAAUAUAAAAUAAAUUGUAUAAGAACAAAUGACUACUAGUAGUAGGUGAAGAUAAGGCGUCCGUUAUGAUUGCACAACAUAGUAAUCUUGACUUAGAUUUCAUCUGCACAGACUAGUUGUAAAAUAUACAAUGUUGGAAGCAUAUCUCAUGAACAAGAAAUAAAAGAACGUCAAUUUGAU